UCUUGUGUAGUUCAGUCGCAAUAAUAAGUUGUUAAACGUGCAUGCCAUGCCUUCCAACGGGAAAUGCUUUUGUUUUACAUAGUACAAAUAAAAAACAGCCGUAAAUCGGAUAUAUUUUUUUAGAAACAAACGAAUGUUUGCAGAAAGGAGUUGCAAGUCAAUGUGUCCCAUUUUCACCUGAUUUUGGUCAUCGAUCGAAACCAAUCGACCCAGGUCAAUUCCAUUUUAUACAAUAAUGAGUGUUCUAUCCAAAUAUGUUGAUCGUAUUGCUGAAAAAUGUGAACAUAAUGGGCUUACCAAACACGCAUUUAGCUAUGCUCUUGUGACAAGUGCAAUACUUGCACUUACAAUCAAGGUGACUAUUCCUUAUGUGAAAGAUGCACGUACUACAUCUAGCGGAAAGACUCUAAAAGGAAAAUCUAAAGCCAACAAUGGGGCACUUACGCCAUCGGAAACAGAUAGUUCGGAAGAGGAUUUAAAACUGGCAGAGGCUGAAAAGUUGUUAGUUGCCCAGCAGCUAAAAAAAAAGUCUAACAAUUUUAUUGAGCCCGGACUAAACACUGAGUUUAUUAAACAACUGAAAAUGCUGGCAAAAAUAAUGAUUCCGCAAACCUUAUGUUAUGAAACUGGGUUGCUAAGCAUUCAUACGUUUUGCCUGAUUUCUCGCACAUUUCUUAGUAUUUAUGUGGCUGCUUUGGAGGGGGCUCUUGUUAAAUUUAUAGUACGGAAGGACAUUAAACAAUUCGCUCUUGUAUUGCUCAAAUGGUUUGGAAUUGCUAUCCCUGCUACAUUUGUUAACUCUAUGAUACGUUUUCUUGAAAGUAAACUUGCUCUGGCUUUCCGAACCCGACUGGUGCGUCACUCAUAUCGGCUUUAUUUUAAAAAUCAAAAUUACUAUAGAGUUUCGAACUUGGACGGUCGCAUUGAAAAUGCAGAUCAUAGACUUACCGAAGAUAUUUCCGUGUUCGCUAGCUCUGUAGCUCACUUGUAUAGUAGCUUGACUAAACCAUGCUUUGAUUUGAUGCUUAUUGGCUUGGCAUUGAUGAGAUCUUCUAGAAAAAUGAAAGCGAACAUUCUAACGGGACCGGCUUUGUCAGUUGGUGUAAUCGCACUAACAGCCCACAUAUUACGAGUCGUAUCACCGAAGUUUGGACAGUUGGUAUCGGAAGAAGCCAACAGAUAUGGGUACCUUAGACACAUUCACUCCCGCAUAAUAACAAAUGCAGAAGAAAUCGCCUUUUACGGUGGUCAUAAGGUGGAGAUGCAGCAGCUACGGCAGGCAUACAAUCGUCUUGUAAAUCAAAUGACUACCAUAUUUAACCAAAAACUUUGGUUUAUUAUGCUCGAACAAUUUUUUAUGAAAUAUGUAUGGUCCGGUACUGGAAUGAUUAUGGUGUCACUUCCAAUUCUGACAGGCAGUGACGUAGGAUCUGCAAGAACUCGGGACACGGCCAUUACGGAGUCACGAGUUAGCGAACGUACUCAAUAUUUAACUACAGCUAGAAAUUUACUAAUUUCUGCAGCAGACGCGAUUGAGCGAUUAAUGUCUUCUUACAAGGAAAUCGUGUCGCUGGCUGGUUACACACAUCGCGUGGCUGGCAUGAUGGAUGUGUUUGAAGAAACUGCUCAGGGAGUCUAUUGCAAGUCGAGUGUAAUAGAAAACGACCAGUCAAGCGGUAUUAUUGAGUUCCGGAAUGGAAAACCAAUUGCAAAAGGCCGCAUUAUUUAUUCGGAUGAUCCGGAAAAUAUGUCAAUAAACCUACGUGCAGUGCCAGUAGUGACACCCAACUGUGAUAUAGUUGUACCAAAACUUACGUUAUGCAUAGAACCUGGUGUGCAUUUGUUAAUAACAGGACCGAAUGGAUGCGGAAAAUCCAGCUUGUUCAGAAUACUAAGUGGGCUUUGGCCCAUAUACGCCGGAGAAUUGCAAAUACCACGGCCUGUAAAAGAUGUUCCAUGUAUGUUUUACAUUCCACAGCGUCCAUAUAUGUCAAUUGGAAGCCUAUGUGAUCAAAUAAUAUACCCCGACACGCGAGAUGAUAUGAAACGCAAGCAAAUAACUGAAAAUGAAUUAAGAUCCAUUUUAAAGUUGGUCAGCCUAGAACACAUCGCCCAACGUGACAGUUUUGACGUUGUUCGUGACUGGAAAGAUAUAUUAUCUGGAGGUGAAAAACAACGUAUGGCGAUUGCUCGCUUGUUUUACCAUAAGCCACGUUACGCCCUACUUGAUGAAUGUACAAGCGCGGUAUCUAUAGAUGUUGAAAGCUCGAUAUAUGAAAUCGCUAAAGGCAUGGGAAUUACGCUAUUAACAAUAACACACAGACCUACUUUGUGGAAAUAUCACACACAUAUAUUGGAGUUCGAUGGCCUGGGAAGUUGGCAGUUUAGAAAAAUGAACGUAGAUGAACAACAAAAAGAACUAUUUCUUUCGUAGUACCAUCUAAGCUAAGCUCGCGAACCUUAAAAUGCCCUUUAAGAAUGUAUUUGUCAGGCUCCUUCGAUUGACAGUUACAGAAUAGGGUCCUCCGAUUUUGAUAAAAUUAUAAGUCCUCAGAAUAUUAAAUAAAGCGUCUAUAACUUGAUGCAAGAUCAUAAA